UCCUAAGAGUUUAGAGUGUACAUUCUAUCCAGGAAAAUCAAGCAUUAGGAAUACCAUUUCCUAAGAGUUUAUAGUGUACAUUCUAUCCAGUAAAAUUAAGCAUUAGGAAUACCAUUUCCUAAGAGUUUAUAGUGUACAUUCUAUCCAGUAAAAUUAAGCAUUAGGAAUACCAUGUCCUAAGAGUUUAUAGUGUACAUUCUAUUAUGUGUAAGGAAACUUUGUUUGUCUGACUUCCCUUAUCAUGUGUAUCAUGUUAUACAAAUAACAGGUAAAGAUGAUCUAGUCUUGAAUCCCUCCUAAAAAACUGGAAUGUUAGUUCUGCAAGAAACUUAGUGUGGAUAUAUACAUUUCAUGCCAGGAAGUAUUUACUAUCUGUAUAUAAUACUUGGCUUUGAUAAAUUAUAGGACCGCUGCUAGACAUAGACACUGAGAAUGGAAAAUAGAAUUGGCCUGGAGGGGCAAUCAUCAUCAUGUAAGAUAGUGAAAAUACUUGGAUCACAGAGUAAUGUACACGGAGUAUCAAAGAUCGCAAAAGCUCGCUCUACACCACGUAGAAUAUUCUGGAUUAUUUUGGUGGUGCUGGCAUUUAUAACUGCUACAUUUCAAAUUGUAUCCGUUGUUAAGAAGUAUGUCACGUAUCCAGUUGUUGAAGUCGUCAACAAAUCAAGAAAGACACAGGUUGCUUUUCCAGCACUUACUUUAUGUAACACAAAUCCAACCUCAAUGAUGAAGAUCAAUCAAGUAAUUUUAAACAACACAGACAUACUGGCUUUGUUUCAAUUCAUACAAACUGCAAAUGUUGGCGAAAUAAAGACAAAACUCCAAUCUCAUCAAGCAUUUUACGAAAAUUUUCCCAUGGUUGAUAUUGGGCACAGUUUUGAUGACCUAGUUUUAAGCUGCCGGUUUAAUAAUGCAGACUGUGGAAUACAAAAUUUUUCCCGCCAUUUUGACGGGACAACCUAUUUCAACUGUUUCACAUUUACAGGAAAUACUAAUCAAAUGCAAGCAGGAAUAGAUCAUGGUCUAUCAUUGAUUCUCUCUACUGGAGACAGAUCUCCUCAACAACCUGGCAGCUAUGGAAUCUAUGACAUAACCAACCCUUCUUCUUAUGGGCUUGGCAUACGUGCCCAGAUUAAUUCUCCCGACACACCUCCAACACCAAUUUAUCAAGGUUUUGGUGUUCCACCAGGCUAUUCACUUAAUGUAGGACUGACAGCAAGUCUUCACACUACACUUCCUUUUCCUUAUGGUGAAUGCUCAACAAGCAAAAAUCAGACAGACAAAAAUGCUGUAAUCAUAUGUUUACAACAAUGUCAACAAGAUAUUCUGAUUAAAAAAUGUGGCUGCAAGACAUCAGCUUUACCAGAUGCUCACAACUCAAAUAUUCCUUUCUGUUUGAAUAUUAAGAACUGGAGAAGUCAACCUGACCUCUUCCAAGGCAAGGAUGAAGUUCAUUUAGAAAUGAUUGAAUGUAAAAGACAAGUCAUGAAAGAAAUAACUAACGACAGAAGCUAUGAAGAUCAUUGUGAGUGUUAUGAACCAUGCAUGGAAACUUCGUAUGAUCAGUCUAUUUCAAUGUCAUACUGGCCGGAGGAAUUCUACCAAUUCAGUCUCCUUGAAACAUUGUCUAUGAAGGCAAAACAUUCGUCUGAACUAGUUAAAGAAGCCUUUGAUACACUUAAUUCAACUUUACAGAAGUAUACUGAUUAUUUAUCACAAGGUAUUGAAGUUGAGUAUGAUAUAAAUGACCAAAUAAAACUGGCAAGAGCGUCGAAAAUUAUUCGUCAAAACUUCAUGCGUCUGAAUGUGUAUUUUCAAGACUUGCGUGUUACUGAAUAUACCAAAAUACCAACAUACAGUAUGGCCAGUUUAUUGUCAGAUAUUGGCAGUGUAAUGAUUCUGUGGCUGGGAUUCUCUAUGCUUUCAUUCAUAGAAAUGUUUGAGCUUAUUAUGGUACUCAUAAUGCAUUUGUUCAGAUCACACUUGUACAUAUUAGGAAAUAAAAGUGGAUGAACUUGUACAAAGUAAAUCAUACCCAUAAAAGUGACUGAGAUUAUCCAUUAAGGAAAAUUUUUUUAAAGGGUCUGAACUGAAUGAAAAAGGUGACUCAAAUAUGUACAUUGUACAUAACACUAGAAAAAAGGAGCUGAUCCUGUACAUAAUGUGGAAAAUAAGAUUGGCUCAACUUGUACAUGAUGUCCGAUUAAAAUUAACUGAGAAAAAACAAUAUGAAAUGGAAAAAAAAUGGAGAAAAAAAAUCAUGAACAGUAUUCUAGCAAUAUUGUGCCUGUCCUUCCUUACCUGGGACUACUUCUACAGACUUUUGAAGGAUAGUGCCAAAUAGUGUCAUCACCAAUUCAAAAGAAUACUUAAAUUUUUUAGGUCACACAGACAGUGUUUACCCUUUACUUUGACACUUAAAAAAAGCGAGUAAUCUUUGCCACCAGUAUACAUACAUUCAAAUAUUGGGCCACAGACCCAAUGGAAAAAAAAAAUCCUUUUUCUUUCCCUAAUUCUCUGUUAGAAAUUCAAAUAAUAAACUUUUGAAACUAAAA